AUGCCCGUCGAGACGACUAGCGAAACGACGGAACAGCAGGUUUCCACUGUGGAGGAGGACUCGCCGAAACAGUCGGAACCUGACUCGCCUGAUAUUGAACUUCCUGAUGAUUUUCCAACACCUUCAACAUCAAAAAAUGUGUUAACAAAUGGUUUAAAGCGACCUUUGCCAGAUGGAGUAGACGGUGAAAAAAAAAAAAAAUUUAGACUGACUGAAAUAAGUGAUGGCGUACUGCAAGUUACUUACAAAGAUGAUAGUGAAGAAAAUCCUAUUGAACUGUUGUUACAAAAAGUUACGGAGUCUAUAGAAAAAGAUGAUAAGUCUAAUGUUUCCAAUAAGCCACUUCGUGGUAUUCUUAAGAAUGGUAAUAACUCAUCCUUUAAUAAUAUUAACCACAAUGGUAACAAUGGAAUUGACGAUAAAGGUUGUAAGAAGGAUUAUCCAGGUAAAAAUACUUUAAGUAAAGAUAUCAGUAAGGAAAGAAAAAGAAAAAAUGCAAGUGAAAUAUUACUUAAUAUAUUAAAUAAAGUUGAGAAGAAUUUUAAUGAUAGUUGUGAAUUUGUUGGAAACAGUAAGGAUACUGUAAAAAAUGGUAAAAAUAUAUUAACUAAGAACGAUAUACUUAGUAGCAAUGGUAUUUCAUGUUCAAAUAAAUCAUCGUCAUCAGACAAUUUAGCUAUCACUGAAAAUUCAGAUCACAAAAAUGUCGCUGUUGUUAAUGAUAUUCAGAUAAUAGAAAAUAUAUCUACAGCAGUUAAUGAUUCAACUGUAAGAGAAAGUAAUUCAAACCUUUCAAAUACCAAGAUAUGUACAGUUGAAAACACCGUAAAUAGUAAAAAAAAUGAUGCAGAACCGUUGCUAGAAUUUAAAAAUAAAAUACAUUUGACAAAAAAUACCGAUAAAACUACAUCUAUAGAAAUAGAAAAUCCAUGUAAUAGUAAUACAAAUAAUAGUAAAAAGGUCGAUGUUUGUUCUAAUAGUAUUGAUCAAGAAUUUCAUGUCAUAGAUUCUGACGAUAAUUCUGACAUUUUAUCAUCUGAUUUAAGUGAUUCAUCUAUAGAUAUCAAUAAUAUUAUACUUGGAGUAAAGAGGGUGUCGAAAGAGACUUUUCCAGAGUUAUUAAAAUUGUUUUAUAGUGGGAAAGAAAUGACUUAUGAACAAUUUGACAGUGUGUGUACACAGAAAAUUGUUGAAAUGAUGACAGAUUGUAAAGACUGGGGUAAAAACCGUUCAGAACUUGAAGUGUUGAAGAAAAAAGAAAAAAACUGGCGGUUAAAAUAUAAUUUACUAGAUAAACAAUUGAAUGAAAUGAAGACUAUUGUAAGUGUUCAUCAAAAAGAGUCAAAAAGCAAUGAAUUUGCUAGACCACAUAUAGUUACAAGGACUGUUGGUUUACAAGCAGUAUCAUGUCCAAAAAAGGAUGGUAUUGUGAAGUUACCAAAACAAGCGAUUUCCUUGUCAAAAUCUGAUCCAGUAAGUAUUACUCUUGAAGAUGACGAUGAUGUUGUUUUAUUAGACUUUGAAACAGAACCUGCUAGUUCAUCAACUUCAAAAAUUACAAAUGCGAGUACAAAAAAGCAAGUGCCUCCCUUAGUUAGUACAUCAAAAACACUAGUAGAAUCUCCAAAAAAUGUUACUGCAUCUCCAAAAAAUGUAACUGCAUCUCCAAAGACUGUUACUGCUGCAAAGUCUUUGAGUCCUAUCAACAUUGGCACUACUCCUACUACUAUAGAUCUAACAGGAAAUGAUGAUGUAAUUGAAGAGUCAAAUAUAAUCAAUUUGGAGGAUUCAAUUUCACCUAUCAAAAUUCCUCAUCGAAUUGCAGCGCCGCUUAUACCAUUGGUGAACGGCCAUUCGGGAAAUACUAUUACUUAUUUAGAGGUAUCUAAGAAUCCAUCAUCAUCUUCCUCAAGUUUUACAACGGGAACAGCUCCACACUCUCCUCAACGAGCAAUUGUUUUAAAUAAAGAUACUAUAAAUACAAGUCCAAAAUCUAAAAAUCUUAAACCAAUUUUAAUAGAAGUGUCACGUGUUGAUCCUGUACUAGUUCAGCCUUGUACCGUUACAUAUACUGCACAUUGUGUUCCAGUAUCUGGAACAUUACAAUCAAUGUCAACAGCCUCUUAUACACCACGCACAAUAACAAUGUCUCAACUUUCAGCAUCAUUAAAAACAUUAACUCCAAGUUAUACAUGCCAAAUACCAUCAUCUCGUAUAUAUGGAUCAAUUCCUGGAAUUGCCUUGCCACAGGCAUCUCCUGGAACAUCUCAUACUACAUGCCGAGUACCGAUAUCAUUAGGUGCAAUACAUCAUACAGGAUCUCAAUCGACAAGAAAACCGCCACCUCCUGCGAUACCACUUUUAGGACAUCCUUCUCCAGUACCCGGACUUCCAAUUCAAAAGAGUCUUCCUUCGUGGAAAAGAUUACCUCCCGCACCUAAUUUGACCAUUUCCAAAUCAGAAGUUCAAAAUACUCCCCAAGCAUUAGUGCUCUCGUGGACUAUGAAUAUUAAUAAAACAAUUGCAGAAAUAAUAAGUUAUCAGAUAUAUGCUUAUCAAGAGACCCCUGAUCAACCACCUAACAUUGAACUAUGGAAAAAAAUUGGUGAAGUGAAAGCUCUUGAACCACCAAUGGCUUGCUCACUUACUCAUUUUUCAAAUGGUCAAAAAUAUCAUUUUUUAGUAAGAGCUGUUGAUGUUCACACUCGUGUUGGGCCAUUUAGUAAACCGCAAAGUAUAUUAUAA